AACACAACAACAACAAAACAAUGAUCGAAAUGCUAACUCCGACCCCAUCACUAAUCUCAACGCAAUCCCAUCCCUCCAUCUCACCUCCACCACCUCGAGAUCAGGAACACUCCGCCAUCGUCUCCGCCCUUUCCCACGUCCUCUCCGGCGACACCACAACAACAACAACAACAACAAAAGGAAGGAAGAGGAUGAAGACAAACAAGUAUAGAGGGGUGAGAAAAAGGCCAUGGGGAAGGUGGGCGGCGGAGAUAAGAGAUCCCCGGCGAGCGGUGAGGAAAUGGUUAGGAACGUUUGAUACGGCGGAGGAGGCCGCAAGGGCUUAUGAUAGCGCUGCCAUUGAGUUUCGUGGGCCCCGGGCCAAGCUUAACUUUCCGUUCCCUGAAAUCAACGGUAACGGUGGUGGUGGUGAUUGUGGUGGUUUGGAGAGGGAAGAGGGUGGUGGUGGUGGUGGUGGAGAAAAAGAAGAGAAGAUGAAUAUUUGGGAUGGGUUACAAGAUUUGUUGGAAAUGGAUGUAAUUGAUUGAUUAUAUAUAUAUAUAUAUAUAUAUAUAAUAUUAUUAUUAAUACAUCAUGGGGCUAUUAUAUCUAAGUCUUGUAAAUUGUUUAUUAUUAUUAUUAUUAUUAUUAUUAUUAUUAUUAUUAUUAUUAUUAAUUCAUCAGUGCAAACUGCAAAGUGAGGUCUUGCUCUGUUGCUACUUGCUAAAGCAGCUGAUUAUAAAGAAACUUAGUUUGUGCCAAAAUUUCAUGGCCC